CCUCAUCUUAACCUUUUGGCGCGUGCGCACAGGCAAUGUUGUGGUGGUGACGUGCCAGCCAGCUGAUCGGCAAGAUGCCGGUCCGUCUUCUGGUCGUCCUUGGUCCUCAAGUCUUCGGCGUCUUCCUCGUGCUCUUGGCGAUCACACGCAACCUUCAGACAUCCGUGCUCGCGCUAGCCUUCCUCGGCGCGUGUGUGUAUCAUUUCCGCAUCGCUCCGGUGAGUGAGAAGGCGGUGGAGGCGGUGCUGGGGCGGUCUCGCGUGGUCGGCCACCGGGGCGCCAGUCGUCAGGCUCCCGAGAACACCAUCGCAGCCAUCCGGACGGCUAAGAAGAACGGAGCUGACAGCGUUGAAUUUGACCUUGAGUACACCAAGGACGGGGUUCCAAUCCUCCUACAUGAUGACACAGUGGACCGUACCACUGAUGGGACAGGGAACAUCAAGGACCUCACAUUUGCUGAGGUUCAGCAACUGGAUGCUGCUGCUAAACACCCAGAGGCUUCAAAGUUCAAAGGAGAAAGGAUACCCACACUGGAGGAGGCAGUGAAAGAAUCCCUGCAGCUUGGCAUGGUCAUGUACAUAGAUGUCAAGAGGCUACCAGACAAUUCUGCAGAAACUCUGCACACAUUGUUCCAGAAGUACCCAGGCCUGUACCAGUCUGCUGUGGUCGUUUCCUUUCUACCAGAGGUCAUCUACAAGAUCCGAUCUGAAGAUCCAGCCAUAGUCACAGCCCUGACCUGGAGACCCAGAGUCAUCAGCUAUGUCAGUGUUGAUGGAGAGCCCCGCUACACCCAGACCUGGAAACACGUCAUGCACAGUGUCCUGGACGUCGUGUUUGAAUAUGUCCUGCACUACUGGCUGUGGUACAUAGAGGGCGUCUCAGCUGUCAACAUUAACAACCAUUGUAUAUCCAGAGAGUAUGUGAAGUUCUGGGCUGACAGAGGAUGCCGGAUGCUGGUAUGGACAGUAAAUGACCAGGAUGAGAAGGAUUUCUUUUCCAACACUCUUGGUGUCAUUUACAUGACUGAUGACCUACCUCCGCAAUCUUAAGAUACUGAAGGGUUCUCAGGCAUUCUAAAUUGAAAAUUCAACAUGUCAGAAUAGAAUAAAAACGGGACUGGGAGCAAAAUUUCGAUCUGACAACACUCUGUGUAUGCCAAGGUAGUUUUUCCAUUUCAGACUCAGUUUUCAUGUUAAUAAUCAAAUUUAAUAUAGUCAUUCUGAGAACCAAAUUGGAAGCAUGUAAAAGUUAAAAUGAAUACAAAUUUAACGUUAUAACGUUUCUAGUUUCUAAGGAUUUGAGAGUGCUGUUUUUAAUUUGAUCAAAUCCCUGCUUGCUACUACAAGUUAAGAGUUUUUGGUGUUCAUUGUUGCAGGUAUGUUAAAAAUUCAACUGGUGCUUAUGUUUUGGUUUCAUACUCAUAGCUAGUUGAUGCUGUUCUAUUUCUAAAAAUGUUAGACGAGCCAUUUUAAAAUGUGUCAUUUUACUUUUUUUGAGCUUUAGAUGUUACGGUUAUAUGAAAUUCUAUUUUUGUUUGAAUGUAACAUAGUUGCUCACUUGUUGGCUUUUGUUUGACUUGUCCUCAUUUACACUCUUUCAGUGUUUUUGCACAAUGUUUUUAUAGCAACAACAGUGUGUUUGUUUGACAUGAAAAUCUGGCACGCAAGAAUUUUGUUUGGGCAACAUCCAACUUUUAGGCACUCAAUCUCACCAUCCUGUUUAGUAUAUUUCAAUGGAAUUGCUUUUUUGUCCCUUUAAAUGCAGAAAUACAGGUUUCUAUUAAAGUGUGUAAUAAAGUUUUAUUUGAUUCCAAGAACUGAA